AUGAAUUCCGAAGAUAUUGCUGCCAUAUAUUUGGAGGCUGUAGAAAUAUUUGUAAAUCACAUUCUCUACGUCCGCGAACUAUAUCCGUUGCAAAUCUUCAAAAAACAUCUGGUUUACAACACACCGGUCUUUAUAUUGUCAUUUCCGACGUUGAAAUGUUAUAUUGCAAAUGUUUUAAAGACUGUGGAGAAAAUGCUGGAGAACCCAAAUCACGAAGCAUUUAAAUUAGAACUUAUUGUCUAUGAACACGAAAGCAAACACUUGGAGAGCUAUGUGAUCGAAAUGCUGCCAAUAUCACUAGACUUGAUUCAGACAUCAGAUCAAUAUUUAUUGGAAUACGAGCAGCAGCUUCGAUCGGCUCUGUACAAAUUGGCAGAACGCUGUAAAAAGUUGCCCAAACUGCCACACGAUUCCAAGUUUAAACUGCAAAUUCACACCACACAGAUCGCCUUUCAACGUCUGAGUCAUGAUGUGCAUUAUCAGGAGUUUCCCUGGUUGCAGACGGAAGUAGAGCACAAAGAAGAUGCUUCCCAGAAAUUUAGCAUUUUGCCGCUGGCAAGAAUCAACAAGGUGGGACUAAAAAUGCAGGCGCAAUUCUAUAAAUUUUAG